AAUGUCUUUGGGACGAACAUAUGAUGUUCUCCUAAAAAUUGUUUUAGUAGGAGAUACUGGCGUUGGAAAGACGGCUCUUAUGUUAUUCUUCGAUCAUGGACUAUCAGCGUCAACAAUUAUACCUACAAUAGGAAUUGAUUUUAAAGUAAAAACUAUAAGCGUUAUGGGUAAAAGAAUCAAACUACAAAUAUGGGAUACUGCAGGCCAAGAGAGAUUUCAGGCAAUACCUUCAUCCUAUUAUAGAGGUGUUCAUGGAAUUUUACUAGUUUAUAGUAUCACUAAGGCAUCAUCCUUUGAAAAUGUCUCAAAAUGGUUAAAUCGUAUUAAAAAGCAAACGGGCUCUGAUGAUCCCGAAAUGAUUCUCUUAGGCAACAAUUGCGAUCUGGAAAAUGAAAGGCAAAUAUCGAAGAAGAACGGCGAAGAGAUGGCCAGAAACUUAAAUAUCUCCUUUAUGGAAACUAGUGCCAAGACAGGCAUAAAUAUUAAUAAAGCUUUUUAUAGUAUAACGGAAUUAGUUUUAAAUAGGAGAACAAGAGAAGAGAAAGCCGAAUUCGAGGAUAUGGAGAAAACGUAUAAAAAGAAAGGAUUACUUGAUUGUUUUGGAUGUCGUUCUUAG